UAAUUAACCUGCGUCAGUAGACCUACUACAGAAUAAGUACCCACAGAACACCAGACGUCCACGGGACAUUGUUUUAUGGGCUAAAUUUAUUUAGACCAGGGUGUGGGAUAUAUCUUGUCUACGAUCUUAGCGCCAUUGAUUGUAUUCCGAAACAGGACUCAGCAAAGAAUCGACGGUUUAGCUCAGCGCACGAGAAAGACAUCUUCCACUCCAGCUGUUUCUCAGAAUUAUAUUAAAACUACGGCACCGUCAGGAUCCCAAUAACAAGCUCAGCGGAACGACAGCAAAUGCAAGGAUGGUGAGAUCCAUGAAGAGUUGCUGUACCCUCCUCUUCCUCUGCUUCUUCCUCGAUCUCUCCUGGCCCUUGAACCCUAGGGACCCCUAUGUGUGCAGCCUGUGGGAGAGCUACACCACAUCGGUGAAGGAGUCCUACAGCCGCCCCUUUGCCCAGACGUCCACGCAGCCCUGCGCUAACGCCUGGGGCUUCUAUGGGUGCAACCAGCAGAAGAUCACGUACAAGACCGCUUACCGGCAGGCCGUGAAGAUGGAUUACCGCAGGAGGUACCAGUGCUGCCCUGGAUAUUACGAGAGCGGGGAAAAAUGUGUCCCUCAUUGCACCAAGGAGUGUGUGCACGGGCGCUGCCUGGCGCCGGACCGCUGCCAGUGUGAGACCGGCUGGCGUGGGGAAGACUGCUCCAGUGACUGUGAUGAGAAACACUGGGGCGAUGACUGCAGCCAUUUCUGCAAGUGUGAGAAUGGGGGACAGUGUGAUCCCCUGUCCGGCUUCUGCCAGUGUCGCCACGGAUACACUGGCCGAAACUGCGAGGAGCCCUGUCCUCCGGGGACCUUUGGAAAAGACUGUCUGCAGAAGUGCCUGUGCGGAAUUGGAGGGUCAUGUGACAAAGAGACGGGGGGGUGCUAUUGCAAGGAGGGUUUCACUGGGACCCUGUGUGAAAAGCCCUGUCAGAGUUGCCCUCCACGAUGCCCCUGCCAGAAUGAGGGCCAUUGCCAGGGGGCAGGGAUCUGUGCCUGCCUGCCAGGCUGGACGGGACCCAUGUGCACCGAACGCUGUCCCCAGGGAAGAUUUGGGGCCAACUGCACCCAUGAGUGUGUGUGUCACAACACAGGGCACUGUGACCCCGAGACCGGACACUGUCAGUGCACUCCCGGCUUCACCGGAGACAGAUGCCACGAGGAAUGCCCGGUGGGCACGUACGGCCCAGGCUGCCAGGGUACCUGCGACUGUGCCAACGGGGCACGCUGCUACCACGUGGACGGGGGCUGCCUGUGUGAGCCGGGCUUCCGGGGACCCCGGUGCCAGGACAGGAUGUGUGCGGAGGGGACGUACGGCCUGCACUGCGAGCACCGCUGCCAGUGUCACCGUGGAAACACGCUCAGCUGUCACCCCAUGAAGGGCGAGUGCACAUGCUCCCCCGGCUGGGCGGGGCUGUUCUGCAGCGAGACAUGCCCGCACGGUUACUACGGCCACGGUUGCCAGGAAACCUGCCUGUGCCUGAACGGGGGUACCUGUGACAGCGUCAGCGGGCGCUGCUGGUGUGCGCCGGGCUACACCGGGGACCACUGUGAGGGUCUGUGUGCUUCAGGCGCCUAUGGGACCAACUGUUCCCUCAGCUGUGCCUGCGCCAAUGCCCUGGCCUGCUCCCCCAUUGAUGGAACCUGCCUCUGCAGAGAGGGAUGGAAAGGCUUGGACUGUACCAUCCCGUGCUCGGGCGGCACUUGGGGUCCAAACUGCAAUGGAACGUGCCAGUGUGCAAAUGGGGCAUCAUGCGAUCCCAUAGAUGGCACUUGCACGUGCACUGCCGGCUGGCAGGGGGCGCUGUGUGACCAACCAUGUCCGAGAGGUGCCUACGGUCCCGGGUGUUUGCUGCACUGCGACUGCCUGCAUGCCGAUGGCUGCCACCAGUUCACCGGCCAGUGCCAGUGUCUCCCCGGCUGGGCAGGUAAACACUGUGCCCAGCCCUGCCCAGCGGGAUCCUGGGGGCGCCACUGCAACCAGAGCUGCUCCUGCCAAAACAGCGCCACCUGCCUGCCACACAGUGGGAGCUGCGUAUGUAAUCCCGGGUACCAGGGUCCACACUGUAGUCAAAUUUGCAGCCCAGGCCUCUACGGCUCACAGUGCAGUGCACCAUGUGCCCCGUGUGUCCACUCCUCCACCCCCUGCCACCACGUCACAGGCCGGUGCCAGUGUGACCCUGGCUACACCGGGCCCCGGUGUGACCAAGGCUGCACCCAGGGGACGUACGGCGCGGGCUGUAGCUUGCGCUGCCUAUGUGAAGGGUCCUGCAGUCAUGUGACCGGAGCAUGUCUGUGCCCAGUAGGUUACACCGGUCCCUACUGCCAGUCCAAGUGCGCCCCUGGAACGUUUGGUCCAAACUGUGCCCACACCUGUUCAUGUCUGCCCAAUGCGAGCUGCGAUCACCGCACCGGGGUGUGUGUGUGUGAGUCCGGGCUGGAAGCAAACUGCAAAGAGGGGCAGGUAGUGAGCGUGAUGUCUCCGGUGGAGCGGGACUCGUGGGGCGCCGUGGCCGGAAUAGCGACGCUGGUGGUCUUCGCGGCCUUGUUGCUCGCUCUUCUCCUGCUCUACCAGCGCCGUCGCAAGGACAAGCAGAGCACCGUGCCGGCCGUGGUCUUCUCCUCCAGCCAUGCGGCCAGCUUGGAGAGCACCAUACCAGACAUCCCACAUGGCUACCAUCACUUCUACUCCAACCCCAGUUACCACACACUGUCCCAAAACAGGCCACCCCUUCCCCAGGUCCCCAACAACCAGGACCGCUCCCUCAUGUCUAUCAAGAACACCAAUAAUCGAGUGUUCUGCAAUGUGAAGAACGUGGAGAGGGAGAGGCUGGGGCUGUUUGGGGUGGAGUGCAACGCCACACUGCCUGCCGACUGGAAACACCCCCAGGAACAUGUCCACAAAGAAAAGGAGUUGUCGAAAAACUCAUCUGUGGCUGUGAGCAGCACGUCUCUGAACAGCGAGAACCCAUAUGCCACCAUCAAGGACCUGCCCAUGUCCCCAUUCCGCCCGGUGGAGAGCAGCUAUGUGGAGAUGAAGUCGCCCAUCUGCAGUGAGAAGCCCUGCGCAGUGACUCAGGAACCGCACAGAGAACAAUGUUCCCUCUACAGUGUCCCAGAGUCCCAGAAUCACUAUGACCUCCCAGUCAACAGCCACAUCCCAGGGCAUUAUGAUCUCCCCCCAGUUCGCCGACCGCCCUCCCCCACACUACGGAAGCUACCCCACUGACCACCAGUUUUUUUUUUUUUUUGCUUUACAAACCUUAAACUUGGAAAUGCUGCCACCUGUUGGACUGACUUGACAUUGCAUGGUGAAAAGGGGUUUUAGGGAGUAUUUGCAGUACAUUUCAACUCUCUCGCACAAGACUGCAAUAUUUCAUUCUUGGGAUUGGAUAGCAAAUUUGCAAAUGCUUAUUUGCAUGAGGCCAGAAAUAUGAUUUUCAGGUCAGAAUUAAAAUGUCCAAGGAGUAAUUACACUCAUUAAAUUACAUUAAUCAUGUUCAGUGACCUCUUGCUUUUGGUGGACUCUUCAGAGGUACUAUAUGUUGUAUAACUGGUUAUCAGUGGUUCUCGAUUCUGAGAAUACUACAUUUUUCCGUAAAACCUGGCAAAGUUUCUUUAUAGACAACAGAAUUUGAUUGUACCAGUACUGCUUAUUUUGAAUGUAACAAGCCUUCUAUAUAAUGUACAGUGGAUUUAUUCAUAGACUCAAAAAAAAAAAAUUAAACAGCUUUAUAAUAACUUGAUUUAUUUGGAAUGAAAUGGACAUUACAAAUUAUGUUUGAAAGGGAAGGACCUUUGUAGUUACACAAAGUUUAUAAGAAAGUAGCACAGUAUUCCAUUUUGAGGGAGCCCUAUAUUCUAAUCAUCGUCUCCUGCUGUAGAAAAUACAUAGUUAGUGUUUACCUUUAAAUAGAAAAAAUAUCCAUCUUUUUUUGGUUAUACACUUCUUUGGUUUAAUGAUCGGUACUGUUUCAUAUCACCAUGCAAACCUGCAAGCAGAUGAAACUUGAAAAUAUAAGUACAAUGAUUUUUAUCCAUAAGUAUCGCUACAGCUUCACAAAUGCAUAAGCAGAUGUUCUUUUUUAAAUGCUGUAGAAAAUGUGGGGACCUUUUCCUUCUGUAACUAUUGUACCGAACAAGAAAACAGAUUUCACAGACAAUGGCUGACAUCGCAUUUGUCCGAAAUUGCAUACUUAAUUACUUUGUAGUAGGCAAAAUGCAGUAUGUGAAGUGAGCAGUAUGCCUGACAAUGACAAUGGAUUUUCAGAAGAGACGGGCUUUUUUUAUGAAUAGCAAUAAAAAAGUAAGGCAUGGA